AUGCUUUCGGUAUUGCGUAAUGCGAAACUUUUUUUAACGCCAGUACGAUGUAUUAUAUCGAUGAGCGAUACGGAAAAAUUAGCCGAUCAACAUUUACCAAUGGAUGAACAAGUUAAUCCAUCUUUCUUCAAGGUUAGCUAUCGAACACAAAAUGCUUAUUUUUUGCAGAUGGUUGAUUAUUAUUUUGAUAAAGGUUCAUCAGUCCUUGCUCCAAGAUUGAUCGACGAAAUUAAAUCACCAAACAUGAACCAAAAUGACAAGAAAAACCUUGUCCGUGGUAUUUUGUCGGCAAUGAAGCCAGUCAACAAGAUACUUUAUAUAACGUUUCCUAUUCGACGUGAUAAUGGCGAAUACGAAAUUAUCGAAGCAUGGAGGUCACAGCAUAGUGAACAUCGUACUCCAACAAAAGGCGGUAUUCGUUAUUCGAUGGAUGUUUGUGAGGAUGAAGUUAAAGCCUUAUCGGCUCUAAUGACCUAUAAAUGUUCUGUUGUUGAUGUACCUUUUGGUGGAGCUAAAGGAGGGGUAAAAAUCGAUCCCCGUAAAUACACUGAUUAUGAAAUCGAGAAAAUUACCCGUCGCAUAGCUAUUGAAUUCGGCAAAAAAGGUUUCCUAGGUCCAGGAGUUGAUGUUCCAGCACCUGAUAUGGGUACAGGCGAGCGUGAAAUGGCUUGGAUCGCCGAUACUUAUGCACAAACUGUGGGACAUUUACAAAAUGAUGCUUCUGCUUGCAUUACUGGAAAGCCAAUUGUUGCUGGAGGUAUUCAUGGACGUACAUCUGCAACUGGACGUGGUGUAUGGAAGGGACUUGAGGUCUUCAUUGACAAUGAAGAAUAUAUGUCAAAAGUCGGACUUACAACUGGUUUCAAAGGCAAAAGUUUCAUAAUUCAGGGUUUUGGUAAUGUAGGAUUGCAUACAAUGCGAUACUUUCAUCGAGCUGGGGCGAAAUGUAUUGGUGUACAAGAAUGGGAUUGUGCAAUCAUAAAUCCAGAUGGUAUCCAUCCGAAAGAACUUGAAGAUUGGACUAUCAGAAAUGGAAGUAUUCGAAAUUUUCCGAAAGCGAAAAUAUUUGAGCCAUUCACAGAUUUAAUUUUUGAAAAAUGUGAUAUUCUUGUACCAGCUGCUUGUGAAAAGGCCAUUCAUAAAAAUAAUGCUGCUCGGAUCAAGGCCAAAAUCGUAGCUGAAGCAGCAAAUGGACCGACAACGCCUGCAGCUGAUAAAAUUUUACUAGAACGUGGCGAUUGCUUGAUUAUCCCGGAUUUAUUCAUCAAUAGUGGUGGUGUAACUGUCUCUUAUUUCGAAUGGUUAAAAAAUUUGAAUCAUGUCAGCUAUGGUCGUCUUACGUUUAAAUAUGAAAAAGAUUCCAACUACCACCUUCUUGAUAGUGUUCAGGAAUCUUUGAAAAAAUCGUUAAACCAGACUGUUAAGAUUGAGCCAACGGCUGCAUUUAAAGACCGUAUCGCUGGUGCAUCUGAAAAGGAUAUUGUCCAUUCCGGAUUAGAAUAUACAAUGCAAAGAUCCGGCAAUUAUAUAAUUGCUAAUGCGAAGAAAUAUAAUCUUGGACAUGAUUUUCGUACAGCUGCUUAUGCCCUUGCCAUUGAAAAAGUUUAUAGGACUUAUAGAACUCUCGGAUUUACAUUCACUUGA